CAUUAUUACAAUACAACCCACAUCCACAAGGAGCGUGGUGCCUUCUCCACCAACUGCUUUUCUUUUCUUGCUCACACUUCCCACCAUUCCCAAUUUUCCAUUACCCAUUAAGCUUCAAAUUCAAAUGGCUCUGUGUGGCUCUUCUAUAUCUUCACCAAACUUGAAUUCGAAAAUUGGGACAAGAAACAUAUCAAAAUCGACUUCUUUUUCUAUGAAUUCAGAUACCACAAUUUCGUUAUCGUUUUCCGGGAGUGUAUCCAUGGGUCUUAACUUGAGGUUGAAUCUCGCUUCUUCAACUUGUAGUGUUAAGAGAAACAGGUUUAGGAACCACGGUUCGCGUUUGAAGGUUGUUUGUAUUGAUUAUCCACGGCCUGAGCUAGAAAAUACCGUUAAUUUUAUUGAAGCUGCUUACUUGUCUUCCACCUUUCGUGCUUCUCCGCGUCCAACUAAACCUUUGAAGGUUGUUAUUGCUGGUGCAGGACUGGCUGGUUUAUCAACUGCAAAAUAUUUGGCAGAUGCUGGUCACAAGCCUAUAUUGCUGGAGGCAAGAGACGUUCUAGGUGGAAAGGUUGCUGCAUGGAAAGAUAAAGAUGGAGACUGGUAUGAGACUGGCUUACAUAUAUUUUUUGGGGCUUACCCUAAUGUGCAGAACUUAUUUGGAGAACUCGGUAUUAACGAUCGGUUACAAUGGAAGGAGCAUGCUAUGAUCUUUGCUAUGCCAAGCAAGCCUGGACAGUUUAGUCGAUUUGAUUUUCUCGAAGUCCUUCCAUCUCCAUUAAAUGGAAUAUGGGCAAUCUUGAGGAAUAACGAGAUGCUGACCUGGCCAGAGAAAAUCAAAUUUGCAAUUGGACUUCUGCCAGCUAUUCUUGGUGGACAGCCAUAUGUUGAGGCUCAAGAUGGUCUUUCUGUUAAAGAAUGGAUGAAAAAGCAGGGCAUUCCUGAACGGGUAACUGAUGAAGUGUUCAUAGCAAUGUCAAAGGCUCUAAACUUCAUCAACCCUGAUGAACUUUCAAUGCAAUGUAUUUUGAUUGCAUUAAACCGAUUUCUUCAGGAGAAGCAUGGUUCUAAGAUGGCCUUUUUGGAUGGCAAUCCCCCGGAAAGACUUUGUAUGCCAAUUGUUGAUCAUAUUCAGUCAUUGGGCGGUGAAGUCCAUCUUAACUCACGCAUUAAAUCAAUUGAGCUAAACGAUGACAAUACGGUGAAGAGCUUUUUACUAACUAAUGGGAAAGUGAUUGAAGGGGAUGCUUAUGUGUCUGCAGCACCAGUGGAUAUUCUGAAGCUUCUUCUACCUGAGAACUGGAAAGGGGUUCCUUAUUUCCAGAGAUUGGAGAAAUUGGUUGGAGUUCCAGUCAUAAAUGUUCACAUAUGGUUUGACAGAAAACUGAAGAACACAUAUGAUCACCUUCUCUUUAGCAGAAGUCCCCUUCUGAGUGUAUAUGCUGAUAUGUCGGUAACUUGUAAGGAAUAUUAUAACCCGAACCAGUCUAUGUUGGAGCUGGUUUUUGCACCAGCUGAAGAAUGGAUUUCACGCAGUGAUGAAGAUAUUAUUGAUGCCACAAUGUCUGAACUUGCCAAACUCUUCCCUGAUGAAAUUUCUGCAGACCAAAGUAAAGCAAAAAUCAUCAAGUACCACGUUGUUAAAACACCAAGGUCUGUUUACAAAACUGUUCCAAAUUGCGAGCCUUGUCGUCCCAUACAAAGAUCUCCUAUAGAAGGUUUCUAUUUAUCAGGAGAUUACACAAAACAAAAAUAUUUAGCUUCCAUGGAAGGCGCUGUUCUUUCUGGGAAGCUGUGUGCACAGGCUAUUGUACAGGAUUCUGAGCUACUUACUGCUAGGGGGCAGAAAAGAAUAGCUCAAGCAAGUAGUGUUUAACAAAAGCAAGAUUUGAAGACAAGUUCUGGUAAAAAUACAGGAGCAUCGUAUCAACUUUGUAGCCUUGAGUGACUGAUAACUAGCUUAUCCGCAUUAUGAUUCACUAUAUCAGUUCAUACAAAACCCGGCAAAUAUUUAGACCAUAAUAUGUUGCAGUCAACUUUAGAGAAAAGCCAAUAUCAGAAUAUAGAAGUUGGCCAAUACCUGAAAUGUGAGCCCUUUAUUAUCUAUCCUCUAGUCAUUGUAGCCAUGCUUGUAAUAUCACAGUCACAUUUAUUAUUUAAUCUUGCAUUGUAUACCCAGCCUUUUUCUUUUAAA